UGAACAAACAAACAAAACACUGCACACAUACAAAUAACGUCCAAACCAAAACAAUCUUGCUUUGACAUUUGUGUUUGAAUGGACUUGUAGAUUGUCAGUUUGGAAUAGUAAGGCACUUAAUUCGUUUUGCGGGUCAGAUUCGUAAUUUUGUCAUCUCUCCGGUAGAAGAUUCCCAUUAAUCAUACAGUAGUGUUGUGUGUGCAUCGUUUGACAGCUCAACCCUUCUCAGAGCUACACACCGUUUCAUCGAGAUGGCUUUUAGUGUGAGGUACAGAGGCCGAAAAUUGCAGCAUUUGAACGUACAAAAGAGGCUGCACCAAUGGGAGAACUCAGAGCAAAAUGCAGCCAACUAUGGCUAUUUCCAGAAAGUUAAUUUUAUGACAAACCAACAUCGUAUGUGGGAUCAGUUUGACCCAACAAGCUCGAGACUCUCCAAAUUGAAGGAAGAAGAACGUUUGAGACGUCUUUCGUUGAGACGAGAGAAGCUGUCAGCAUUACUUCAACAAGAAGACGAAAACCUCAAAAGAGAGUUAAAGGAUCUUGAACAGCAGAAAAGGCCAUGGCACCAUAAUUAUGACGUUGGACAUCUAAGAAGUAUUAAUGGAGAACUUCAACGAAGGGAGGAGGAGAGAAGAGCUCGUGAGGCUGAGCUACGCCUCUACCACCGAUGGCGGAAUGACCAGCCACUUCUAAGACAUGUUGAUGAAAGGAACCAAACUGCAUUUGUGCGGCAAGCAUGGGUAGAGCAGGUUGAAGAAAAGAUGGCUCGAGAAAAAAAGAUUGCAGAGGAAGAGGAAGCAAUGGACAUAAAACGAAAAUCCCAGCUUGUUCUUCAAGAACAAGCAGAAAAAGCAUUUAUUGAAGAAAAGAAAGCGCAGUUGGUUGAAAUUAAACAUGCCCUUCAGUGUCAAUUAGAUCUCUUGAAAGCUAAAGAAGAGUAUGCUGAUGAAUUAAAGAGGAAAGAAGAGUUGAUGCUACGAAGGGAAGAAGAACUCGAGAAACUUGCUCAGCAACGAGUACAAGCACAAGCCAAGCGUGGUGGUUUAGAAUUAGGGAUGUAUUUCCAUGAGCACUAUAAUCUGAAGCUGAAGCGACGGGCCAAAGAAGUGCGAGAUGCCCUGGAGGAAGAUCAGAGGAUUCUAAGGGAGGCAGAAUCUCGCCUAGCUGACCCCAACCUGGAGGAUGAGGACAGAAAGGAGGCCCGUAGGCACCUUGACAGAGCCAAUGCUGUUCUGGCAUCUUAUGCUGAAGUUGAAAAGUUAAUAGAAAGAGAUACACGUGUCAUGUUUCAGGAGGAAGCAAGAUUUUUCUGGGACAAGCAAGAGAAACGAUGGAAAGAAGAACAAGAGGCUCGAAGCAAGCUAAUGGCUGACACAUUGGCGACCUUACAACUCCAGAUUCAGGAAAGAGCUCAAAAAAAUCGUCUUGCUCAAGAGAAUCUGUUGAAAGAAAGAGAAGAUAUUUUAAAACAGUUAGAGACUAGAAAUACUGAAAUGGAGCAAGUUGAAGCAGAAAUAAUGUCCAAGAAAAGCUUGCAAAAUGUGUUGAAUGCACAGAUGGAGGACCAAUCACUAGCACGUCUCAAUGAAAUAAGGCAAAAAGAGAAAGAGCGUCAAGCUCGCUUAGAAGAAAUGAAGAAGGAGGAAGAAAGGCUUCUUCAAGAAUUCAAGCGUCUCAAUACUCAAUAUCCGAAACACCCUCUUACAUUUGGGCGGAGAUCUUUCAUUCCAUGUUAGAUUAUUAUUAUUAUGUUUUGUCAUACCUGUAUUUCCAUGCACCAAAAAUCGCCUCCAUUUCAGAGAAGGCUAUCUCAUGGUGAUCAAAGGGACCGGCUGAGUAAGCACGUCUCUAUGGCAAUAUGGGUAGAAUUCAUGGGGGACUUCAUUCAUUGUGUAGAGCGAGUAUUCAUGGAGAGGGUACUUCAAAGCUUACUGUGAUAUCUCUUUAUUGGUCAUUUCUUUUCUGUUCUUAAACAAAAACAAAUGAAGUCUCUUUUAAAUAUGCACUUUGUUUGUUUGACUGCAUUGAUGUGACUUCUAUUUAAUCUUUGUUUUAAGUUUGUAAAAUAUGCACUUAAAUAUUAUGAAUUUUUUUGAUCUUGCUCAAGACAUUGCUGUACAUAAUCCAAAGAUAGUCCCCCCUUUACUUCCAUGACAAAUUUUUUAAGCAAAGCUAUAUUUUAGGGGGACUAUAUUUGGAUUAAUGCAUGAAGUGGUUCAGUGUGAGGUAAGUGUGAACUUGGUUUCAAUAAAUUA